GGGCCAAUGCACUGGGACCAGUACACUGGCCCCCAUCUUCCACAUGGGAGGCUGAGAGCCAGGCACUGACACCAGUGGCCCUCAUCCACGAGAAGGCUCACUUGCAUGUGUACAGUUGAGCGAGGCUUGAGCCAGUGUUGCCUGUGAUCUCAUCCAGUGCUCUUGGGAGCAGGAGCCCAGUCCACCUGCAAUGGGCACUGGUCAGCUUCCACACCCACAGGCCUGCACCGCUUGCUUUGAGCAGAGUCCAGGGCCCCUUGUGCUUGGCAGAGGCUGUGGGAGAGGGCGGGGAGUCCUUGGAUCUCAAUGUGCACCUUAUCAGGUGCCCUGGCAAGGCCAUCUAAGGUGGGGGCAGCAUCUCCCCGAGCCUUCUUAUCAGUCAGAGUCCACAGGACGGUCUUUGGGUUAACGUAUAACUAAGAGACCGCCCCUCCACCCUGUGAAGCCACUCUGGGUGUCACGGACCAACAUGGACGCUAGGAAAAAGGGGGUGCCCUUGAAGACGUCUGUGGUCCAAGUCUGCCUGUGGCUGAGCCCCUUCUUCUUCGCCUGUGCCAUCUACUUCCUGGUCUGGAUUCCAGAGAGCCACCAGUCCUGGGUCAGCGCCCUGGUCAAGUGCUUGCCUGUUCUUUUCCUGGUGGUGUUCCUGUGGGCUGUGGCCCCGGGCAGGGCCUACACUAGGCUACUCCAGGGAGCACUUGUGUGCUCAGCGGUGGGGGAUGCCUGCCUCAUAUGGCCCGAGGCCUUCAUCUAUGGCAUGGUUGCCUUCGCUGCUGCCCACCUCCUCUAUCUCCAGGCCUUCGGCCUCUCACCCCUGAGGCUGAGUUUGUUGCUGUGCCUCCUCCUGGCAUCUCUGGUGUACUACGGCUGCCUCCUGCCACACCUGGCACCCAGCAUGGUGCUGCCUGUGGCGGCCUAUGAGCUGGUCCUGACUACCAUGCUGUGGCGGGGCUUGGCCCAGGACGGGUGUACAGCGUGGGGCGCCCUGCUCUUCACCUUCUCUGACGGGGUACUUGCCUGGAACAGCUUUGCCCAGCCCCUGCCUCAUGCUCGCCUGGUGAUCAUGGGUACUUACUACGCGGCCCAGGCCCUCCUUGCCCUGUCAGCCCUCACAAGCUGGGGCCUCAAGAUGCACUGACGAGGGCCCAGACAGUCAAGGGUCACCCCAUUCUGUCUCACAAGGACCCCCAGAUUGGCCCACCCUGGGAGGCUUACAGCAAUAAUACUCUUUAGUGCUAGAGACAUUUGUGUGUGGCUGGCAGAAUCAGUCUUAUCUCCUGGCUCAAACUACCUCCACUCAGUUCUGAGUCUGGAUUCCAGGGCCCCCACACUGCCUCCUUGGCCACUGCUGCUUCUGCUUCUGGUCAUCAGCCACCGAGCGCCUGUCCCUUCUCACCCCAGGCUUUUUUGUUGCUUAAAUAAAGGCCUUGAAACUG